CAGACCACGAGGACAGCGGGAAGCUGGGAACCCAGCAGGGCAACGUUCAAUUGUAUCGAAGGGGGGAAAACCUCUGAAGCGUCGCUCGGGUGUCGCUCGGCUUGUCUCGCCGUACCGAACACCUCGGCCAACCACGAGACAGAACAGCGCUUCAGCAUGGACAGCAGCGAUUUGCUGGGCGUCGCCAUCCUCACCAAGUCUGAGGAUGACGUUCGACGGAUGAUCGGGAAACCCGGCUUCAGGCGCCACAGCAUGAACCAAGUCCUGCGGUCGGGCGGCCACACCCCUCUCGCGUUGGCCACGUCCGCCGGGCGCCUGGGCAUGGUCAAGCUCCUGAUCGACGCGGGAGCGGAUCCGCUGGCCUACUGCGAUGGAGACAACUGCAUCCACGUAGCCGCUAGGUACGGACACCCAAAGAUCGUGUCGGAGCUGAUCAGGCGAGGGAUCAGCGUAGAGGUUAGCACGUUGGACCAGCGUCGGCCCCUCUUCAUCGCGGCGCAGCAGAGUUCCGUCGAGACUGUUCAGGUGCUGAUUGAGGCAGGAGCGGACAUCGAGUUUCGGCACGAGGGCUUCUACACCGCCCUGUUCAUGGCCGCCCAGUCAGGACGAACCGGCGUUGCCAUCGAGCUCAUCAAGAGCGGCGCAUUCACGGGGCCCCAGGGGAGGCACCGCUGGAGCCCCCUCAUGCAGAGCGCCCACAGGGGCUACCUGGAGAUCGCUGAGGCUCUCCUCGAGCACCAAUGUCCCCCGGACUCGCGCAACGAGCAGGGCUGCACCGCCCUCCACCUCGCCGCCUCCGCCAACCAGGCCGGCCUCGUGAAGCUCCUGCUCGACUACGGCGCGGACCGCGACCUGGAGACGGUCGAGGGGGCCACGCCGCUGCAGUGGGCGGUCCAAGAGAGCCAAAUGGAGGCGGCCGUUCUCCUGACAACCUACAGGCCGUCCGCCGUGCGGCGGCCCCCGGACAGCCUGCACCUCUGCGUGCUCCGAAACGACUUGAGGGGCGCGCGGGACCUGCUCGAUAGGGGGGCUCCGCCGAAUCACGCCGACAGAGACGGGGUUACCCCCCUCCAGAGCGCGGUUCUUAUCGCGUCGCCGAGAAUGGUCGAGGUCAUGCUGCGCGGGGGCGCCGACGAAUCGGCAGCGCUGCCCGCGGCCCGCGCGGGGGGCAAGGCCAGCGUGACCCCGCUGGCCCUGUCCUCAGCGAGACUGUCGGGACGACGGCAGGAGUGCGCCGACGCCCGCGUCGCGAGGGCCAGGGUGCGCGUGCGGGACGCCCUGUUGAGGGUGGGCGCGGUUCGUGCGGGGUGUUGGCGGUGGCCGAAGCUGCUGGAGGUGCUGCCCGCAGCGAGCGGUGAAGGAGUGGCGAUGAGGAGCGCGUUAUCUUCGGCGGGAAGAGCGGUCCAGGGAAAGAAGGGGGUCGGUUCUGGUGGUGGUUUGGGGGCGUCUUGGGGCAGGGGGAGAAUACCGGGCGUUGGGCUGGUUCGGCUCGGGAACCGUGAUAGAAGCAAGAGAGCAGCGCUGAUGACGACGACGGCGUUGAACAGAUAUGUAUCUAGGUCCGUGUGCAAGCAGGACUUGGAGGGAUGAGGCGCGCUCGCACCCCUUGGGGACGGGUAGCCCCGAUCAGCGUCGGAGGCGAAAGCCGUUAAACAAUGAGUGUGGCGGGGUGUGAGGCAAGCGCGGGCCAGCCCUGCAAACACCAAGUUUCUUCGUGUUUGCGUAGGAUAGGUGAGGGCGUGUCGAAGCUAUCUCGAACGUUGCUGAUCGAACGCUGUGGUCUGGACAAUUAUUGAAGAGACUGGGGGCAGGUAGGUGCUUGUUUUGGUGCCUGUGCGGGCCUCGGAGCUUGGGGAGCAACACGUUAGUUUGCCGCGCUUGCUGUCUGUGAGGGUUCGCUCUAUCCCUGUAAUAGCUAGCUACUGCUCAAGCUCCCUCACCAAUUCCACGGGCCACAACGACGCACAACAUCCACGAAACGAAAGCGUGUAUCUCAAGCGUGGGUCUCAUGGCUGAACCGGAUAUCUCUACUCUUUGUUACUUGAGGCUGUCGAUCGGUCGGUGUUUUUGCUGUGCAUCUGUUGUUCCUUUUGGUGUCGCGUCAUUUGGGUCGGACUCCGUUGGCUGUGAUGUUCUGGAGCUGCACGCGACAGUGCCAAGUAUUAAAUGCGUGAAAUGGUGAGGCAUCCUCUUGUCAAAGUGAGGGUUAAGUCUGUGGCGAUUGUGUUCGUGCUGUGCGUAAUAAGCCUUAAGAUGUACCACAUGUAUCCCACGCAAACGACGUUGGCGUGGAAGCAUGCUGGAAUAUGAUUGCUCAAAAAGCCACAGCACCACCCGAAUGACGACAGUAUUCGAUGUUGUGGGUUUCGAAUUAGUCGGAUGUUUGCAGGGGGGUUCUCGUCCCGCCAGUUGCAGGAAUCUCGUAGAAUUCGAUGCGUAAUCGAAGUCCGAGCCAUGACUUCCUUGUCUACGGGCGGUUUCGUGUGCCUGCCUGUGUCUCCAAGAGUUUGCGGUUGUAUCUCUCUUUCGCGAUUACAGUUCCGUUUUUUUUGUGUUGCGUUGUGGCGGUUGCCACUCCUCUGGUACCUGUGGUAUAUCUCUCCUGUUGUUCUUGCUAUUGGAUCAUAUGCGCGGACAAUAGGGUCACCGCAACAUGUUUUGUCGGGGGGGGCUGUUUUCGGGGACAAGGGCACCACCGGAGAUUAUAUCUGCACUCCAUGGUAGCAAUGCUCGACGGUUUCGUCGAUCCGCAGGCCGUGGUGCAUACAAUUGCAGGCUAUUAGCGCUCGCUGUAGACGAUGUGCUUUUAUCGUUCCAGUUGAGGCGUAACGCGCACCUAAGGGAGUGGUUGCUAUGGAAGGAAGGAUGGUCUCUGUCGAUCCGUCAUUUGCGGACUUGACAGCAAGCAGUGUUGCGUUAGUGUUUGGUUGACCGUUUUGCGUUGGUGUAAGGUUGACCGUUUGCACUCGAGGAAGUGAAGAACGCACCAGACUUUAAUGUGGAGGCCUCGGCGAGAGUGAGGAGGAAGAACAAGGGAAGCCUUUGGUGUGAAACCGGCUGACAUGGCCUCUCUAGCAAGCGCUUGUAAGACUGGCUCAAGCAGAUUCAAGGAGAUGAAAAUACGGUUGUCAGCCAAGCGUAUUCCUAGCCCAAGGUGUUCCUAUCAUAUUCAGAACAGUAACACCCAGUUAGGGCGAGGGGCGUAGAUUUGUAUGUGGACGGUCCGCGACAAGAUCGACGUUUUCGCGGCUCUCGCCACUGUCUAUCCAUCCAUGUACAACUGUAGUGUUGUUAUCACGGCACUCACUCCUAAAUGAGACUAGUAGCCUUACCUU